AUGAGUGGAAUCCACAUGUCUCUGGAGGGUAUGAGCAUGUUGCUGCGGAGCUUCGACUCCCUGUUAGAAUCUCUGAUACUUUCUCAUUUAGGAAUAGAGAUGUCUGCCCAUACAAAGGUUCUCACCAAUAUUGCCUGCCACAUACCUACACUGAGAAUGCUCCAAUUUAGAUAUAACAACAUCAGUUUUGUUUCUGCGGAACUUCUGCAGUCCUGCACCCAGGUGACAGAUCUGGGAAUGCAAUAUAUGAAUCUGAUCGAUCUGUCUGACUCUUCAUUCCGGACAAUGAAGCAGCUGAGAAAUCUGGAAUUGGGACACAACAUGCUUUCAUCUGUGCCAAAAGCCAUAAGGAAUCUCCCCACUCUGGAAGUCCUGGAUCUCAGCUUCAAUAGAAUCAAUAAACUAGGCUGCUCGGAUUUUGCCAAUCUUACUGGACUCAUACAACUCUUCCUUUACAAAAACAUAAUCCCUCAACUCGAAAGUUGUGUUUUCCAGGAUUUGAAGUCCUUAAAGGUCCUUAAAAUCGGAACAAACCAAAUCCUGGCCUUGAGUGAUGCUUUCAAGGACGGUUUGCAAAAACUAGAGCUCUUGGAUUUGCGAGGCAAUAAACUUAGUUCUGUCAGAAAAGAAGACUUUAAAAGCUUACAAUCCCUCAAGGAAUUGCUUUUAUUCAACAAUCAAAUUAGCAGCAUAGAAGAUGGAGCAUUUGAGGUGAUGGUCAACCUUAGAAGCCUUACUCUUUCAGCAAAUAGAAUCACUCAAACUGAAACUAGAGACCGGGUGUUCAGAGGACUAACAUGCUUAACCAGCCUCAUUAUUUCUUCCAAUCAUAUCAAAUAUGAAACAGAUGAGAAGCUCCACCCUCCACCCUUCUAUCACCUGACAUCGCUCAAGAUUCUAUAUAUCUUCAGCCAACGGAUGGAUAAUAUACCAUCAAACUUUCUUGAGGGUCUGAAAUCUUUAUCAGAAUUCAGGGCAGGGUAUCUGAAUAUUAAGUCUCUGCACCCAGACACAUUCAUUCACACCCCCCAGUUGAGGUACCUUGACAUCAGCAGCAAUGUGUUCUCAACCCUCGCUCCAGAGCUGUUUUUCCCAAUGCCAAAACUCAGCAGACUAUAUCUGUCCAAAUCCCAACUUCAGUCUUUGGAUUUCCUCAUACUAGCCAAUCUAUCUCAAGUUGCAUUUUUGCUGUUGGGAAACAACCAGAUUAGAGAAAUCAAUGAGACAGUGAUACGUUCUCUCCCUGCCUUAACAUCCUUGAAAAUUAACAAUAACCCUUUCAUAUGUGACUGUAGAAAUGCUUGGUUCAUCCGUUGGGUGGAGGACAACAACCAAACGCAAGUUGGUGAUGCCCAUGACUCUAACUGCAGCUAUCCAGACAAUCUGAGGGGCACUAAACUGUUGGACCUUGACACCCGUCCGUGUUCAGUGGACAUAGGCUUCUUCUACUUCCUGUCCACCACUUCUCUGGUCCUCCUCACCCUGCUGGCGUCCUUCAUCUACCAUCUCCUGAGAUGGCAAGUUGUCUAUGUCUACUACCUCUUCCUGGCUUAUCUCUACGACACCAAGCGGAGGAACAGGCGUGCAGCUAAUCAGUACGACGCCUUCGUCUCCUACAACACCCACGAUGAGCCCUGGGUCCUGAGGGAGCUGCUGCCAGAGCUGGAGGGGAAGCAGGGCUGGAGGCUGUGUCUGCACCACCGGGACUUCCAGCCAGGCAAACCCAUCAUAGAAAACAUCACAGACGCCAUCUACGGGAGCCGCAAGACCAUCUGUGUGAUCAGCCAAAACUAUCUGGAGAGUGAGUGGUGCUCCAGAGAGAUACAGGUGGCCAGGUGGGUCCGACAAUCUUCAAUUACCUAUACAGUACACGUGUACACUCAUACACACAUAUACCGUACUUCAUAAUGACUUUCUACUUUACUCUCCAGCUUCCGUCUGUUUGAUGAGCAGAAGGAUGUGUUGAUCCUGGUGUUUCUGGAGGAGAUCCCAGACCAGCAGCUCUCUCCCUACCACCGCAUGAGGAGGCUGCUGAAGAGACAGACCUACCUGAGCUGGCCCAGAGCAGGGGAGUACACCGGGGUCUUCUGGCAGAAACUACAGGUGGCUCUGGAGACCAGGGACUGCCCUGCUGAGGAGAACCCAAUCCUCACCGGGGUGGAGAGACAGUGA